UGAAACAGCUCGGACUCGCUGGAGGCAACCCGGUCAACCUGCGGAUGCUGUGAACCAGGAGCUGACCAAAAGGUGGGAGAGCCCCAGGAUUCCUCCCCAGAAGAGAUUGGGGAGCAUGGCUGCUAAGAAACUAAGAAGAGCAAGGUUGUCUCAGGAGCUGUGUGAAAGGCUGAGUCGCCAUCAGAUCACUACCUGUCAGGACUUUUUAUGUCUUUCCCUCUUGGAGCUAAUGAAAGUAACGGGACAGAGCUACUAUGAUGUGCAGAAACUUCUUUGUAGAGUCAGCCGAGCUUGUGCUCCCAAAAUGCAGACAGCUUAUGAAAUGAAACUGAGGAAGUCUGUGAAACCCUCUUCAGCCUUUUUAUCCACCACGCUGCAUAGUUUGGAUAAAGUCUUGCAUGGUGGGGUGCCCUGUGGAUCCCUCACAGAGGUAACUAGCCCACCAGGUUGUGGCAAAACUCAAUUUUGUAUUAUGGUGAGUGUUCUGGCUACACUGCCUGUAAGCAUGGGAGGACUAGAUGGGGCUGUUAUAUAUGUUGACACAGAGUCUGCAUUCAGUGCUGAAAGGUUGAUUGAGAUAGCAGGAAACAGAUUCCCUACUUAUUUUGACUCAGAUGAAAAGCUGUUCUGCAUGACCCGUAGCAUUCACCUGUAUCGAGAGCUGACCUGUGGCAGUGUACUGAAGAGGAUUAUGUCUUUGGAAGAAGAAAUUAUUUCAAAGAAAGUUAAACUUAUAAUAAUUGACUCUGUUGCUUCAGUUGUCAGAAAGGAGUUUGACACAAAACUCCAAGGCAACCUGGCAGAGAGAAGUAACUUUUUGGCUAGAGGAGCAUCAGUGUUGAAGUAUUUGGCAGAGGAGUUCUCAAUACCAGUUAUCUUGACGAAUCAGAUUACCACAUCGUUGAGCAAUGGCUCCGCGAUCCAGGCAGACCUGGUGUCUCCAGCUGAUGAUUUGUCCCUGUCUGAAGGAGCUUCUGGAAGUGGGAAGAGGGAAUCUGGUUGUGUGACAGCAGCCCUUGGCAACACAUGGAGUCACAGCGUCAACACCAGGCUCAUACUACAAUAUCAUGACCUGCCGACAAGACAGCUCCUGGUUGCUAAAUCCCCUGUUGCUCCAUUCUCCACUUUUUUCUACACCAUUGAGAAAUCAGGCUUGGUUCUUCAAGCCGGAGUUAAAGAACAAAAGUCUGUUACAGACAACUCUGUAACUCUCUCUCUUCCAAAUGGCUGCCAUCCUGCUGCUCUCCACCAGGACUGUGACUGCAGGGUGCUAUGGAAAGGAUCAAACAAAUUUAACCUGGGAAGGAACCAAUCCUGCCCUGCAGACCAUACGAGUGAGGAACACUGCCUUGAAAGAUACUUUACCUGAUGCUGCUUUACCCAACACUACUGGUGAGACUCUGAGCAAUACAUCCAAUCUGUAGAAAGGACAAAUGAAACCUCCACCAAGAAAUGAAUGAAUGACAACAUAGGUUUUCAAAAAUCCAGUGAAGCAGAUAGUGAGCAUUCUUUUUCUUUUGUCUCUUUAAAGACUAACUUUAAAACCAAGCGCUGUUCUUUGUAUGUGUGGGGCCAUACUUAACUCUGGUCUUAUCAAAAUCCUCUAUUUUGUUCAGGUUAAUUUAAGUGACAUAGUAAUAAAAGCCUCUGAACACCACACAUGCUCCUGAAGAAGCAUAGGCCUUCCUAAUUCACCGCAUCACCUCACCAAUCUGGAGGAACCGACAGUCAAACACACAAGAGUGCUUGGUGUCCACAGCCCAUAACAUAGUGAAAUGUUCACUUCUGCUUUUUAAUAGAAAUUAUAAACCCGCUCAUUGGCUUGAUUAAGAAGCAAUAGUUCAGUGAGUUCUUACUCCUGUAAUUCACUUGAAAGUCAUCAGAAGUGAUGUAACAGAGUUGCUAAUAGCCAGGCUCUGACAGUUCAGAAUGGAAGGAGAACAGGUAGCAAUCCAAAAGGUGGGAAGAUCGGUGUGUAUUACAGCUGCUUAGCUUCCUCUGUCUUCAAAGCACUUCUAAAGUACUCACAACGUGACUGCAAACCACAGAACUAUUUACUCACCUUACAGACUUAGAGAAUGUAUGACUUGCUCAAGGCUGCUGAGGGCAUCACUAGCUGUGCUGUGAUCAGGAUCGGGUUGUUCCCGGCCCUCAAGCCUCACAUCCCUAAGGGAAAGCCAUGGGUUGAGUUGGUGCCGACUGCUGACGCACAGUCGCCAUUGGUCUGAGAGGCUGGUUCUGUCCUCUGCAGUCACAGGGAAAGCCUCCCUGAGCAACCUCUGGAAAAGCACAGUAACCUGUACAGAAAUACGGGAGGUCUGGAGUACUGCUAAAGUGGCUGUAGGUAACCCAGCAAGGAAAUCAGCUUCAGUUGGGCCAUCUGUGGUGGUGAGGCGAGCAGGUUGCCAUCUGCUGUUUGCUAGGCAAUCUUUGGGUGACGAGAGAGUUCCUGGGGAGCACAUGGCCCCUAUUAAAAGGUACUGCACACCCUUACCGUGGCAGUGCAGGAGACUGAGAAGCUGAUGGGAUGUGGGAACUGAUGUCGCGUCACUCCCAGCCACCAAACAGGAUGGCAUGGAGAAGGCUACUCUGCAGCUAUCUACUGCCGUGCCCACUCACGCAGCUUUGAGCUCUCCUUUAACAAGGAAGUUUCCAUCACAAGGAAGCUACUCCAUUUCAGUAAGCUACUUUUAAAAGCUAAUACAUUUCACCUUGGGGAAGAGCAAUUCUGCAGCUUCAGUGUUACCAGUUUUGUGCUUUGAAGAGACCUUUGUAAAAUUUAAUUUUAAUUUUGCUUUAACUAAAGUUUAGAUUUUCUUCUUGACAGUGCUGCACUACUGGCCAUUCAGUCAAACCCUGCUGAACUUGCUUGUAGCCAUUUUAUCUGGGUAUCUUGUAAAUAUUUGGUAGAGCACUCAGACACAGAAGUGUUUUUUGCUCUUACAGUCACAUGCCUGGUUCCAGGACCUUUCAGAAGCACAAAAGGCUGAAGGCAGGGAAAAUUCCACUGAGAUGCAUUCAAGUCUCCAGGGAGCAACUGCACUUUGUUUAGACUAAAAUUUCUCAUUGCUGCCUCUGCCUUUUUUAAAAAACAUGGAAGGAUAGAGAGGGGAAGCUGGAGGGUAGGGGUCUUUAUUAUUAUAAACGCCGAAAUGCAAGCACUCAUUUCUCUCAUAUUGCAGGACCAUUUGUGGUUGGAGAGGGAGAUAAGCUUUUUAAUGUUCUCUGCGCUACCACACAUUGGAAAUAUCCAUCCAAGUUCUAAAAUGUUUUACAAACAUUAAUGAAUUAAAGCUUAAUCCCCUCCUACUCAGCCCCAUGAAGCGAGUAGUAAAUACAGUUUAAAAGACGGGGCUAAUGAGACGAAAGAAGUUGUGCCUUGCCUGAAGUCACACGGGCAGCGUGGCAAGAGGACUUGGGUCUUUGAGUCCCAGCUUUCUACCUUACACCACAGAAAACACACAUUCCCUCCCUUUUCAAGGCUUGCUGUACUUCCCCUUCUGGGAUACAGUGAAAACAUGCUGGCAUCACACCUUGAGAUAACCUUGUUUUUUCCCCUUGGAACAGAGAGACUACUCACAGCUGCUGUCCCACGGGGUUAAGAUGUUGAAAAGAUCAGAGACGGAUGGGGGCGGGGGGGCAGGGAAGCUAGUCCCUGCUCUGUCUGCCUUGGGCAUGUUCUGCUUCCACUGCUGCCAGUGGAGUUGGUGUACUAUCGGGAGCAACCUCAAACAUUUUUGUAUGUGCUUGCAUAUAAUAUUCAGGCAGGACUGUGGUAAAAAUGCCAUAAUCAAAGAAAGAACUUGGCUGACAAGAAAAUUGGACAUAUGAGCCAAUAAGUCACUCCUGUAUUGAAUAUAUGUGAUUUCAUUAUCCUUCUGUAUGUGACCUGCAUUUCUUACUGCUUCUUAUUAUCAGAAUCCUAUAACUACUGCUGCGGCCAUCCCUUUCACCUCUUCAGAAGAGAGUGAUAAUCCAUCAGCCAGUUACUCUCCAGUGCUUUGAGUCAGGUUUUUACCAGGGGGAUUAAUGGUCAGUUGAAGAGAGUCAUUCCUAACAGGGCUGAGCAAAAAGCAAUGCGCACAUGAGUCACAAAGUGGAAGAGAAGGAAACAAAUCUAUAGAUUUAAAGGUUUUGAAUUCUUUCUUUUCCCUUAGCUUCCCUUGCCCACACUGAUCGAUAACCAGACGUGCAAAAGCUGGAAAUGUGUUGAUGGUGGCUGGUAUAAGCAGGACUGAGAGCUUCUCCCACUGUGCAAGCAAACCUGAAGUCAGUCAGCCCCCAAAACCAGAUCAGUGUGUACCAGCUAUUCCAGCCCUUGUACAUGAGAGAUGCUGGGAGAAAAAUCAGACUACAGUGCAGCAGCCUCCUCUUGUCUCUCCUGUGACCCUGCAGUGUACCCUGGCACUGGUGCCUUUGACCUCUUCACGCUGUUACCUUCUAUGACAAGGCUCCAGCACUGGUCCUUGGGUAUGCUUCUUCUGGUAGCACCCUUCCCUGCAGAGGAUCCAGAGUCACUGCAAAUGCUGUGCACAGUGCUCAUUUCAUUCCCCGCUGAAAGGCAGCCAGGCCUGAGGUGGAACAUGGCAAGCGCUUCGCCGCGCCUGGCAACUCCACGCAGCUGCUGAAAACAAGCAGGGAAGAAAGCGGUGUACAAACACAGGGGAAUUUUCACAUAGGCAGGAUGUAAUUAGUAGAGCUGGAAUUUGGCCAAGACUCUGGGGUUAAAACACUGGCUUGCAGGUAACACACUGGGAUCUUUCAUAAUUCAAAUGCUCAGGAUCUCCCAUUUCCAUCUUACCUGGAAGAUGUCAGAAGACUGUUCCCUAUUUAAUGUUCCUGGGCAGCUCUCGAACAUCUGACACAAAGGAAAAAGUGUCUAAUGGUGCUGCACCUGCAGUGCUUCUCCGCCAGCGACUGCCCACCAUGAACAGCAGCUGAAAGGAUCACAUCCUGACAGGGCUACGGCUGCAUCGCAGUAAAACACACCACAGCUGCCUCCCUGCCUUGGGGUUCACUUCAUCCUUAACUCUCAUUACUCAGUUUUCAGGCCCCAAAUCCCCACCAAACAGAAAGAAGAGAUGACAAAAUUAGGGCAGCCCCUCACAUGUGAAAGAUGAGGGAGAAUAUUACCAUUAAGUGCUGCUUCAACCUUGUUCUCUGCCACUUGAAAUAGUACCAAAUAGGUAUUGGACAACAGAGAAUUAGAUGAAACACUUCUCCUCAGUGCAGAUGAGUGAGCUUUUCCAACUGGCCUUGCUGGUAAUACACAGAGCAUGAAGAGCUCAUGCCUCCUCCUUCCUUCCAGCAGAGAAAUCACAUUCAAAGCAGCAAAACAUUUUUUUCCCCUUCAUGAUCUCACUUUCCGUAUAAGCAAUCUUUGUGUUUACUAUGAGGAUGCUGAAUGUCCACAAAAGGUCAGGGAAGUCAUUCAUGAACCUCACGUGUGGAAAGUCCGCACGAUGUUUCUACCACGAUGUGGCCCACUGUCUGAAAUACAAGUAAUUACAAACCUUUAACCCCUCAUCCGUCAGACCUGCAGACCGUGUACGGUUUGAGGAGCUGACUUCCUCCCGUGGUACAGUGUGUGCAAGCAAAACAAGAGGUGUUCCUGCCAUCUGAGAAAGCAUAAUCUCUGCAUCAGUAAGUCAUAAAAAAGGGACUCCUCCUAUGCCUGUGAGGGCUUCCCGUAUCAACUUUUGGUUUGUUUGGGUUUUUUGUGUGCCCAGAUUGCCAUGCAAGUCGCCCUCUUUGUCAAGAGUUGCUUAAUGCAACCACCAACCAAAUUUGCUGAGAGCACCUCAGUCAGUGGGAUACCAAACCUACAGACUGACGUGAAUGGCAAAGUGAGCUGGAGAGAGUAAAGUACAGGCAGCUGCAGGCAACAGGAAAUCCAGCACUAAUAAAUAAAACAUCUUAUAGCCAGAAAGAGGAAAUAAACAGCAGCAGCACAAACUGAGAGGACAGAAGAGAGGAACACAGCAUAACUGUGGCGCGGGAAUCACUGCAUUACAGUGAGCUUAUUUUUACAGAACGUUGUCCUGGUUUGUUAUGUAUUCAGACUGCAAAAAAAAGUGGGGGAGUGGGAGGACUGCUCAAAGAGAGGGUCUCUAUCAGAAGAAGUUGUCAACAACCACUGUAAUUAAGGAAGCAGCCAGAGCACACACAACCUGAGCCGCCGCCAGAGUGAAAUGAAAGCAUUUUUUGUUUGCAGCCGUAGCCCUGAAGGAUAAUAAAAGAUGGUUCUACCGUGCCAAGUGAGGAGCUGCAGGGACACCGUUUCUAGACGGCGAAUGCCCUGCUCCCAUCUUUCCAAAAUUACACACCGUGGGGAGGCAGUAAGUUACUCUUCCUACGUGCACUUUCAAAGCACGUGCCCGCACACCCCGUCUGACUGCAGCAGCCGCUUUGGAAGGCCAGUCACCAGGCAGGUGAGCCCCCAGCCACCAUGGUAACGAUGGAGGUGGCACCACCUGAGCUCUGCCCCCCAGCCGAUGGCUGCUUGGUCCAGACUGCUGAAUCAGCAAGCCUUAAUUUUUCCACCUCACACUCAGCCGUGGGUGUGCCGCAGCCCCACGGCAUUGCCACCACCAGUGGGAGCUGCCGCGUUCAGAAGAGCUGCACCCCGUUCUCCUCCCAAGGGCGGCUGCGUUUAGAAGGCUCGCUGGUGCCUUGGCAAGGAGCUUCGUGCACGGCAUGCCAAAACAAUACUCUUCUUGCUGCUGGUAGCAUCUUUCACUUGGAACGGCCAUGUGGCCUGUGCCCGUGCGGCAGCGGGUGUUGGGGAGCAGCAGGUGGGCUGGCAGGGCCGAGGUGGUCGGCACGGACCUUCUCAGCCAUGGGACAGUAUCAUGGGGCUUUUACUGGUAGCUGUAGAAACUCGUGUGCAGGUUCAGCGAAGGGAAAGAAGUCAUUCACAGAUUGCAUGCGUAUUUCUGAAUUCAUUCAUUGACUGGCAUUUGCCUUUCAUCCUCCCCCCGAGCCCUGUGCGCAUUGCUGGCAUUCUCUCCCAAUCCCAUAUAAUAAUUCCCAGGUCUCCGCAAGCCACUGCCUGCCAAUGGAGCCCACAGUCACUGGACCGCCAGGCCGGUCACAUGAAAAGUUACGUGCAAAGGUUUAACACUUUCUCCUGACCCCAGCCCCUGUUCCCGUGAUUCCCCUGCAGUGUUCUCCUAAUCAGGUGCCUUGGAAGCUUUGCACUGGGCAGGGUGCUAAGAAGGUGGCUAUUUAGCUGCAGCAUUUCCAGAGUCUUUGAGCUCUCUGCUAAGCAGUAAAUACAACCAGUGGAGCCAGGUGAAUGUCUGACAAGGCUGCUGUUUAUUUAGACCUGAAGAAAAGAGAGCUGCUGCUUUGCAACCAAAUGCAUAUUGCUGUAGCCCCACUUUCUCUAGCCCAACAGCCGUACUAAUGGUUAUUUGCUUCAGCAGGGUAUGGAAAUCACUUCUUAAAGCCUGUAUACAGGGUACAGAGCUGUGAUCCAGUAUGAUUUUAACCUUCACUGGGCAUUGCCAGUAUGUUUGUUACCAGGGAAUCAAAAAGAAAAUACAGUCCUUUCACUAAAGCCUUCCAUUACCUAAUUCUAGAUGAUAGUGCAGGUAUUUAAUACAUCACACGACCUACGAAAGUGACAAAGUAUUUUCUUCGCAUCCCUCCUACCUGUGAGACAUCAGAGAACACAUCCUUUUGGAGAAUCUCAGAUGGAAGUGAUUUUUUAUUAAAUAUAGAUGCAAAAGCAGAAAUGUUCAAAAGCUGUUUCUGAUAUAUAGGCAGUGAGAGUCGUUUCCUUGCUAUCGCUGUAACGUGGGGGAGUGCAGGUAUCUCCCGCAGAAAGGGUUCUUGUUCUCCACCUGAUGCUUCCAUGUAGGAUUUCACGCAUGUGACUGUGUAUGAUUCAUGAAUUCCAGCUCGGCUUUGGAAAGCAUGGGAACAGUGUGUGGCUGUCAGGGCCCAGUGUUCAUCUGGGUUUCGCAUGGCCCACAGAAAGACAUGCCAGUUGCACCUUCGAGCCAAACAGUUGGAUAAUCAAACUGAGCAUUUGGCUUCAGUUUUGGUUCUUUUUUUUGGAGGGGAGGGGGCAGGCCGGUUAUGAACUCCAACGUGUACAUGCAUUUUUGUGGGUUUAAGUGAAAAGACCAUGGCAAAGUUUUAAGUUACAGUCUAUUUAUAUUUUUCUGUUUUAAGCUCCACAUAAGUUUAAGUUACCAACAUAACUUUCAAAAACAAACCAACCAACCAACCAAAUAAAAUUGACAGUAUUUUUCAAA